UAUCAGGAAAUGAGGAGAAGGCAUUGCUUGAUAGAGCCGAAUACAUGGACAAUCAUGAUAUCUCAAUAUGGCCAAGCUGGUCUUACAGAAAUUGCUUUGAAUACUUUCAAGGAAAUGAAGGCUGAAGGUUAUCAACCAAAUGGCGCCACCUUCAAGUUUCUGAUUAUCUUUCUUUGUGGAAAGAAAGGUCGAAAGUUGGAUGAGGCAAUCAAAUUAUUCCAACAAAUGCUGUCUUCAGGCUUCAUGCCAGAUAAAGAGAUGGUUGAUAUUUUUCUUUCUGCCUUAUGUGAGUCAGGAAAAUUUGCAGAAGCAAGAAGAGCAGUUAAUUCUUUAUGCAGAAGAGGGUUUAAAAACCAGAUUGGUUAUUCUCUUCUCAUCAAGUCUUUAUGCAGGGCAGGGAAAGCUGAAGAAGCUGUUAGUCUAACCAAUGAAUUUGAAAAGCUUGGAUGUAAGGUAGAUCAGUACAUAUAUGCAAGCAUUGUUCAGGCACUUCUAAGAGAUGGCAGAUUAGAUGCGGCCUUAGAUAAGUUGGAUGACAUGAAAAGAGCUGGAAUUCCACAGUCAGUGCAGAUAAACACAUCAUUGAUUGCCCAUUUUUUCAAGCAGCGGCAGAUCAAAAAGGCAAUGGAGAUAUAUAAGAAGAUGAGAGAAGAAGGUUGUGAGCCAACUGUUAUUACGUACUCAGCUUUAAUUCGUGGGUACGUGAACAUGGGGAUGUUCUCAGAUGCCUGGAACAUCUUCCUUCGUAUGAAAGUUAAAGGGCCCUUUCCUGAUUUUAAGACUUACUCAAUGUUCAUGACUUGUCUCUGUAAACAAGGCAGGUCUGAAGAUGCAUUAAAACUUAUUCAAGACAUGUUGGAGAGCAAGAUCAUCCCUAGUGCAAUCAAUUUUAGGACUGUUUAUUAUGGAUUAAAUAGAGAGUGUAAGCAAGAUCUAGCUCACAUUGUACUUAGGAUGAAGUGGAGUUUGAAAAAAGAAAGAAUGCAUUCAGUAUAACAGUACAUAUUUCAUAUUUGUGUACAUGAAUCAUUCAAUUGCAUGGAUUAAAAUUGAAGCCAUCAUGUUGAAUCCGAAAUUGUCGAGGAGGCAUGCCUAAGGUAUAGAGCAUCACA